AUAAAGGCAAUGAUAAUAGGUAUUUGUUUAAUGCUACUUAUUAUAGAUAACUCAGUACUUAACUUACCUCGACUUGCAAUGUAGGAGAUAUGUUAGUGUAUCUGUUUAUUAAAUGUGUAGUAGUGUAUUGGAAUUAAUUUUUUUUUUGUGGCUGUUAGUUUAUAUCUGUAUAAAUGGAGACAGUAUACGAUCGUGCCCUUUUAGAAAUAGGGCAAAAUGGAUAUUUUCAAAAAAAGUUUGAUAUGUGCUAUAAUUUCUUAUUCGCAAUAUUAUGGGGAAUGGCAUACGCAAAUAUAUUUCUUGCUCUCGUAAUAAUUCCACAUCGAUGCCAAAUUCCUGAGAAAACUGAGAAUAUUAGUGAUAUAGACUGGAAAUCUAAAUAUAUACCAAUAUCUAAUGAUAAUACCGGGAAAAUAGUACAUAGUAGCUGUUUAAUGUAUGAAAAUCCUCCAGAAAACAAUCGUACUAGAGAUUGUGACGACUAUGAUUAUGACAGAACUUGGUACGAGUCAACUGUUGCUUCAACAAAUAAUUGGGUUUGCAAAGACGAGUUGAAUAUUGCUAACAUAUUGGCUAUUAGUAAAAUCAGUGAAGCCAUAGGAUCAUUAGGAUUUGGCUGGUUUGGUGAUGCAUAUGGUCGCCGAUGGACGUACAUUCUGUCAUUAGCAUUCCUUGUUCUUGGCCGUAUAAUAUCAAUUGUGUUCAGUUCUUCAUUCACAUUUUUUGCGAUUGGUUGUGCUUUGGCGUGGUUCCCAUCAUGGUCUGUCGUGCAAAGCGCUACCGUUAUAUCUAUGGAGAUAUCCUCACCAGAGCGUCGUUCCAGAACAGCCACAUUACGAUCCAUAGCUAACAGCUCUAGUAUGUUUAUAAUGCCAUUCUUGUAUUGGUGGUUACGUGAUUGGAAAACGUUUAUGGUAGUCACAACUGUGACACAAUUGCCCUUUCUUCUAUAUUCAUGGAAAAUGAUAGAGUCUCCUAGAUGGCUUUGGAUUGAAGGAAAAUCCAAAGCGUGUGUCAGAACUUUGAAAAUUAUAGCAAAAGGAAAUAAAACCAAUUUGGGAUUAGACACCGAAAAAGAUAUUAUGGAUAAUGCUUCACAAAUGAACACUCGCGGAACUAAUACCAUAGGACCAUUAGCGUUAUUUUCCGGAAGGAGGUUAGCGAUAAACACAAUUCUACAGUCAUAUUUGUGGGUUUCUGUCGCAAUUAACUACACAAUAUUGAUGAUGAAGUCUGGACAAAAAUCGGAUGGCAAUCCAUUUUUAGAAUUUGCUUGGCAAUCAGUAGUUGAAGUGCCAGGUGCUCUGUUCGGAGCUUGGCUUGCUGACCGAGUUGGUCGCCGCUAUGCUGGAUUAAUUUCUUAUACACUGACGGUAUUAUUAUGGAUGUCCAUCGCUUUAUAUGAAAAUGGUUCAGGUGAAUGGCAUCUAUGGUGGUUGGUCGGUACCACAUUAACUAUAUUAACUAGACUGGCGACAGCCACUUCCUAUUAUGUAAUUUAUUUAUUUAAUAUGGAACUCUAUCCCACGUGUCUCCGUCAAUCAGGAAUGUCAUUGGGCAAUUUAUUGGCCAGUGGUGGUGGAGCAAUUGCACCGUAUUUACUAUAUAUAGGACAUCAUGUGGAUGUAAAGUUACCGUAUUUGAUAUUAGCUGGAUUUUCUGUUUUUGGAUGCUUAUCAUUCUUUUUACUUCCGGAAACUUUAAAUAUGAAAUUGCCAGAAACAUUAAAAGAUGCACAAGAAUUUGGAAAAAAUCGAAGAAAUUAUUUUUCUUUAAUAAUAAAAAAAUAUAAGGCUGAAAAUAACGACACGUGUUAAAAUGUGCAACAUCAAUUAAAACUGUAGAAAU